AUGCUACCAGAAGCCCAACACGUUGCAGACCGAGCAGGCCUCAUCUUGGAGGUCGCUGUAGUCUGGGCUGGGCAGGAGGCAUGCAACAAAGGGCCAAACACGCAAACCACGCAAACCACAACAACAAAUCUGGAUGAUAAUCCAUCCCCCCCCCCCCCCUCCGAGGCGAGGAAUCCUCGAUCAUCCUCUCUCCAUCUCCGUCGUUGUUGUCACCGUGUCGCGCUUUCAUCUCCUGAAAAGAAGCUUGUUGCAAAUACUACUCACAAAGAGCAAACUGGUUUGAUAUUGAACACUAGUCCACUCUGCUGCCCCAGGAUGACAAGUGCUAAUAGCAACACUGUGGACCGGAUUGACAUGUUUUAUGGUAAAAACAAUGCAGCUUGUAGAAGUUGAGGGAGCUGAGAAUGCAACAAUCUGAUAAGA